CAAGCGUGAUUAGCGUAAAUCCCCCUCCGUUGUUGUUGUUGCUGUUUUCCCGCGGCUUUUUUGUUGCAUUGCCUUUUUCUGAUGAAGAUAUAAAUUGAGAUUAAAUUCCAUAACGGUUGGAGCCUCUAUUGAUUGAAAUGGGGAUGUUCCAGCCUGUGGUCAUUGAGUUGGGAGAGUAUUUAAAUAUGAAUCGGUUAAAGCAGUGGAGCUUUAUGUAAGAAAUGGAUAGAUGCAAACAUGUUGGGCGGCUACGACUUGCCCAGGACCAUUCUAUUCUGAACCCCCAGAAGUGGCACUGCAUGGACUGCAACACCACAGAAUCCAUUUGGGCUUGCCUGAAAUGUUCCCAUGUGGCCUGUGGAAGAUAUAUUGAAGACCAUGCACUUAAACACUUUGAAGAAACCAGACAUCCUUUGGCAAUGGAAGUGAAUGAUCUCUAUGUCUUUUGUUAUCUUUGUGAAGACUAUGUAUUGAAUGAUAAUCCCGAGGGUGACUUGAAAUUACUAAGAAGUUCUCUAUCUGCAAUUAAAAGUCAGAAGCAUGACCCAUCUGCUAGAAGUGGGAGGACGCUGCGGUCAAUGGCUUUGGGGGAGGAUGUUUGCAACCAUCAGAGGGCCCCUCAGGGACAGCCUAAGAUGCUUACAGCCCUUUGGUAUAGACGGCAAUCAUUGCUAGCAAAAGCACUGCGAACUUGGUUUGAUAAGAGUUCUAGAGGCCAGCAAAAACUAGAACAAAAGAAACAAAUGGAAGAACUAGAGAGGAAGAAAGAAAUGGCCAGGCAGCGGCGUCAAGAGAUGAAGCGGAGAUUGUUGGAGGAACUCGCAAGUACUCCUCCAAGAAAAAGUGCCAGGCUUUUGUCACAUAUUCGCAGAGAGAAUCUGAUUCCUCGAAAGUUCAGAGACAUGGAAGCAAGUUCCCCUACCUCAAGACGAAUACAGAGUAGCAAAUUCAAACAGUUCUAUUCCAUCCGGCGGAAGCCUCUCAUGACUCCUGGUGUGACUGGACUAAAGAAUCUAGGAAAUACAUGUUACAUGAAUUCUAUCCUUCAAGUAUUAAGUCACCUCCAGAAGUUUAGAGAAUGUUUUUUGACGCUGGAGCUGUGUGAAACUGAAGAACUCUUAGCUAAGACCGUGAAUGGAAAGUCUAGAAUGUCUGGAAAGCUGCUCAGCGGGCCUGCUCCUACUGAGUCAGGGAAGAAUGAUCAACUGGGGUCUUAUGGCAGGCAGAGCCUGCCAGCUGGCUUAAAUGGCGGGUCCUCAAUAAGCAAAAGUUUAGAACUAACACAGCCCAAGGAGCCAAGUUCAAAGCACAUCUCUCUCUGUCAUGAACUGCAUACACUUUUCAGAGUCAUGUGGUCUGGGAAGUGGGCUUCAGUGUCUCCUUUUGCCAUGCUGCAUUCUGUUUGGAGUCUGAUUCCAGCUUUUCGAGGUUAUGACCAGCAAGAUGCUCAGGAAUUUCUCUGUGAAUUGUUAGACAAAGUGCAGCAGGAGCUGGAAUCUGAAGGAACAAAACGCAGGAUCCUCAUCCCUUUUUCACAGAGGAAGCUCACCAAGCAAGUCCUGAAAGUGGUGAACACCAUUUUUCAUGGGCAGCUGCUCAGUCAGGUCACCUGUAUAACAUGUAACUAUAAAUCCAAUACUGUGGAACCCUUCUGGGAUCUCUCCCUGGAAUUUCCUGAACGCUAUCACUCUAUCAACAAAGGGAUUGUGCCUGUUAAUCAGAUGGAGUGCAGGCUGACUGAAAUGUUGGCCAAAUUCACAGAAACAGAAGCUUUGGAAGGGAGGAUUUAUGCAUGUGACCAGUGCAACAGCAAACGACGGAAGUCUUCUCCCAAACCUCUCAUACUAAGUGAAGCUAAAAAGCAGUUAAUGAUCUACAGACUACCUCAGGUCCUCCGGCUGCACCUUAAACGAUUCAGGUGGUCUGGACGUAAUCACCGUGAGAAGAUUGGGGUCCAUGUCCUCUUUGACCAGGUAUUAAACAUGGAACCUUACUGCUGCAGGGACACUCUCUCCUCUCUUGACAAAGAGACCUUUGUCUAUGACCUCUCGGCUGUGGUGAUGCAUCAUGGGAAAGGGUUUGGCUCAGGACAUUACACGGCAUAUUGCUACAACACAGAGGGAGGGUUUUGGGUCCACUGCAAUGACUCCAAACUGAAUGUAUGUAGUGUGGAGGAGGUAUGCAAAACCCAGGCCUACAUUCUUUUUUAUACUCAAAGAACUGUGCAAGGCAAAGCAAGUAUCUCAGAAACACAACUUCAAGCUCAGGUGCUGUCCAAACACAGUGAUAAAGACAGAAGACUGACGCUCCCAUGAGAGGAAGCAUUAAUAUCUCAAUCAGCUGGCUCAUCUUUUUAAAAAGCCUUUGGAGUUCACUCAUCUUGGCAGGAACAAAUACUCCUGCAGGAAUUAUUUGGAUCCAUUGUCUGGAAAAGUGGGCCUCCUACUAUGUGCAACUCUGUUCUAUGAGAUUGUAGCAGAACAUCUAUUUUUUUUAAAGACAGAUGUAUUUGUAAACCCCUUCCUCUUCUAAACAAAACAAAGAGUAACAGCCUCCAGUGUCUAGGAUCAUUUAUCUUCUUUCAAAGAGAAAUCUAAUGUGGCAUGGAAAAGUAGAUGCAUCCAGACUUCUGUGUAUAACCAGGAUACAAAGCCAUCACAUUGACCACAAAUAUAUACAUUCCUUCAGAAAAGGAAUGAAUAGGUACAGUAGAAUCUCAUUCAGUCUAUUUUCUCUUGGUAUAGUAAACGGUUUUUGCACCACUUGGUGUAAAUAGCUCACACUAUUAUACAGCAUCCAUCUUUCUAACCCAACAUAACUUGGGAAGAUGGUGUUGUAUUGUGCUAAAAACCUAGUUAAGGUAUUUUUCACCAGCAAAUGUGGUUCUGGUUUGUUAAUUUGUCCUUUUUUGCCCAGAUGAACAAAAACUGAAGUUACAUAGAAAGCUGAAGAAUGUGUCUCACACUCCAAUUUACUGUGUGUUCAAAAAGAGCAAAAGUGCUUCCCCCCUUUCUACCUUGAUAUUUUUAGCAUCUGCUAAUAAGAUAAAUAUUUCAGUUGAAGUCACAGUCUCCACUUUCCUAUGUAAUAAUUGCAGACAUUGUGGGAUAGCCGUGACUUUCAAGGCUCUCAUUAUGUAUUGGCUGUCACAUGAUGAUCACUGCCCAGAUUUGUAUGUGACUAUACCCAGUUUCACAAUGAAUGAUUUGGUUUCCUAUAUCAAUGACUCAUUUUGUUUUUCAUCUGCUGCUAUCAAACAUAUCAACUCUUGCCCUAUGUGCAUAAUAAUUUCUUACAUGCAAAUAAUGUUCAGGGGGUGUACUGGUUAUUACACAGAGAAGGAACAGCUCCUAACAAAAUCCUGAAAUUUGUGACCAUCGUACCAAUGAAUUAUCCCCUUCUUAAUGUUUCAAGGCGCUGGGUUUUCAGAGUCGUAUUGGAAGGAGAUUGUUUCUAUCUAAACCUUAGAGGGAUUGUAACUAUCCUUUUGCCCUUCCCAUACCUCCAGUUCACAGAGCUUUAGGAACAUAGUUCACACACACAUCUGCAGACACCUAUAUUCAAUUUGUAUUGAUCUGUGCCAUCCCUGUCAUAAGCCUGGGUCUCAUGUGCAUGAUCACGUCAACAAUUUUUUCAAUAUAUUUGUGGUGAUCCUAGUUAAAACUGUUGCUGAUCUUUUAUAAUUACAGUGUUGCAGCUUGGCAGAAAGAACAGGUUUGGAAAACAUAAGGUCUUGUUGUAAUGGAACAACUUGUGCUUUUCAACUAGGAAAUAUAGGAUAAGUAUUCCAUCUUGUUCAUUGAAUGAAGAUUCAGCUACCUGUCAUCCCCUUAUGGGAAGAAGAGAUGGCUCUGGUGAAGAAUUAUCUUUCCAUUAUCAAUGGGAACUUUAAAUGAGACAUUGUAGUAGUAAUGGUGUCCUAAACAGGCACAACACCUUGGUCCUUAGUUUGUUAAAAUUGUGCUUCAUUAGCAAGUGGUUUCCUAUUAACUUCAGCUGCACUAGAGAACAGUCCAGGACACCAACAUGCUAUGCAACACCAAACAGUUUCUUUUCCGCAUACAAUAUAAAAAUCACAAUUCACCACACAACCAUUGUGCUGGGUGAGAACUGUCCAUAGUUAAGGCUCACCUAGGCCUUCUAAAAUGUAAUUUCCCUUUGAAUAGUUAACAUGUCCUACUUAAAGGACUGAGGCUUGUUACUACUUUUAAGUGUGAAUUAUGAAUCAUGUUUUUAUGAUUUUUGUAAAUCUACUCUUUUUACCUUGUUUUUGUAAGCUGAAAUUUCCUAUUAAAAAGAAAAAACGUUGAA